GCCCUCCCCCCAGCUCCAUGAAUGGAAAUCGGCUCCGCAGGACCCGUUGGGGCCCAGCCCCUACUCAUGGUGCCCAGAAGACCUGGCUAUGGCACCAUGGGCAAACCCAUUAAAUUGCUGGCUAACUGUUUUCAAGUUGAAAUCCCAAAGAUUGAUGUCUACCUCUAUGAGGUAGAUAUUAAACCAGACAAGUGUCCUAGGAGAGUGAACAGGGAGGUGGUUGACUCAAUGGUUCAGCAUUUUAAAGUAACUAUAUUUGGGGACCGUAGGCCAGUUUAUGAUGGAAAAAGAAGCCUUUACACAGCCAAUCCACUUCCUGUGGCAACUACUGGGGUAGAUUUAGAUGUUACUCUCCCUGGGGAAGGUGGAAAAGAUCGACCUUUCAAGGUGUCAAUCAAGUUUGUCUCUCGGGUGAGUUGGCACCUACUACAUGAAGUACUGACAGGACGGACCUUGCCUGAGCCACUGGAAUUAGACAAGCCAAUCAGCACUAAUCCUGUCCAUGCCGUUGAUGUGGUGCUACGACAUCUGCCCUCCAUGAAAUAUACACCUGUGGGGCGUUCAUUUUUCUCGGCUCCAGAAGGAUAUGACCACCCUCUGGGAGGGGGCAGGGAGGUAUGGUUUGGAUUCCAUCAAUCUGUUCGUCCUGCCAUGUGGAAAAUGAUGCUUAAUAUUGAUGUUUCUGCCACUGCCUUCUACAAAGCACAACCUGUAAUUCAAUUCAUGUGUGAAGUUCUUGACAUUCAUAAUAUUGAUGAGCAACCAAGACCUCUGACUGAUUCUCAUCGGGUAAAAUUCACCAAAGAGAUAAAAGGUCUGAAGGUUGAAGUGACUCAUUGUGGAACAAUGAGACGGAAAUACCGUGUUUGUAAUGUAACAAGAAGGCCUGCCAGUCAUCAAACCUUUCCUUUGCAGUUAGAAAAUGGCCAAACUGUGGAGAGAACAGUAGCACAGUAUUUCAGAGAAAAGUAUACUCUUCAGCUGAAGUACCCACACCUUCCCUGUCUGCAAGUGGGGCAAGAGCAAAAACAUACAUAUCUACCACUAGAAGUCUGUAAUAUUGUGGCAGGGCAACGAUGUAUCAAGAAGCUAACGGACAAUCAGACUUCCACUAUGAUCAAAGCAACAGCAAGAUCUGCACCAGAUAGACAAGACGAAAUUAGCAGAUUGGUAAGAAGUGCAAAUUAUGAAACAGAUCCAUUUGUUCAGGAGUUUCAAUUUAAAGUUCGGGAUGAAAUGGCCCAUGUAACUGGACGCGUACUUCCAGCACCUAUGCUCCAGUAUGGAGGACGGGUAAACCUCUUGAAUCGAACAGUAGCAACACCAAGCCAUGGAGUAUGGGACAUGCGAGGGAAACAGUUCCACACAGGAGUUGAAAUCAAAAUGUGGGCUAUAGCUUGUUUUGCCACACAGAGGCAGUGCAGAGAAGAAAUACUGAAGGGUUUUACGGACCAGUUGCGUAAGAUUUCUAAAGAUGCAGGAAUGCCCAUCCAGGGCCAGCCUUGCUUUUGCAAAUAUGCGCAGGGGGCAGACAGCGUGGAGCCCAUGUUCCGGCAUCUCAAGAACACGUACUCUGGACUACAGCUCAUUAUUGUCAUCUUGCCAGGGAAGACGCCAGUAUAUGCGGAGGUGAAACGUGUAGGAGAUACCCUUUUGGGUAUGGCUACACAGUGUGUUCAAGUCAAGAAUGUAAUAAAAACAUCCCCCCAAACUCUCUCAAAUCUGUGCCUAAAGAUAAAUGUUAAACUCGGAGGGAUCAAUAAUAUUCUUGUACCUCAUCAAAGACCUUCUGUGUUCCAGCAACCAGUGAUCUUUUUGGGAGCAGAUGUCACUCAUCCACCAGCUGGUGAUGGAAAGAAGCCUUCUAUUGCUGCUGUUGUAGGUAGUAUGGAUGCCCACCCAAGCAGAUACUGUGCUACAGUACGAGUUCAGAGACCCCGACAGGAGAUCAUCCAGGACUUGGCCUCCAUGGUCCGAGAACUUCUCAUUCAAUUUUAUAAGUCAACUCGAUUCAAACCUACUCGUAUCAUCUUCUAUCGGGAUGGUGUUUCAGAGGGACAGUUUAGGCAGGUAUUAUAUUAUGAACUACUAGCAAUUCGAGAAGCCUGUAUCAGUUUGGAGAAAGACUAUCAACCUGGAAUAACCUACAUUGUAGUUCAGAAGAGACAUCACACUCGAUUAUUUUGUGCUGAUCGGACAGAAAGGGUUGGAAGAAGUGGCAAUAUCCCAGCUGGAACAACAGUUGAUACAGACAUUACACACCCAUAUGAGUUUGAUUUUUACCUCUGUAGUCAUGCUGGAAUACAGGGUACCAGCCGUCCUUCACACUACCAUGUUUUAUGGGAUGAUAACUGCUUUACUGCAGAUGAACUUCAGCUGCUAACUUACCAGCUCUGCCACACCUAUGUGCGCUGUACACGAUCUGUUUCUAUACCUGCACCAGCGUAUUAUGCUCACCUGGUGGCAUUCAGAGCCAGAUAUCAUCUCGUAGACAAAGAACAUGACAGUGCUGAAGGAAGUCACGUUUCAGGACAGAGCAAUGGGCGAGAUCCACAAGCUCUUGCCAAGGCUGUACAGAUUCACCAAGAUACCUUACGCACAAUGUACUUUGCUUAAAAAGUCCGAGAAUAUUCUCUGAGAUGAACAAUUGAAAGAUGAAUUGACAUACACCGUAUGUUUCCAGUGGAGUCCAUUGAGUGGGAAUGCCUCCAGCCAUACAGAAACCAACACUGUGGGGACCAGGGUCUGAUUUUUAUGUUGAUACAAGGAAGAUUGUUUACUUUGUCAAGGGACACAGCACCAUUAUGCAAUAUGAAACCAGCCAACUGCUUUUUUGUGCGGUCUCCUGUAGGAAGUAUCGCCAUUGUUUUGUUUUCACUUUCUUGUAGUGUAACCCUUUUAAUGCCUUUACCUCAAGUUGCUUGGCAGCACAACUAUCUUUGCAAAAAAAAAAAAAAGGAAAAGAAAGAAAGAAAAGGUGAAUAAUGGUUUUAAAAAAACACACCUACAUGAAUAAUCAGUGAUUGUUCACAAUUAUGUGUGCAACAAAAUUAAUGUGCAUUCGUGUAUUCUUGUAAAGUAUCUGUGUAUACUUUAAGUGUAUACAUGUAUACUUCAUAUGCAUAUAUAUCUGGAUCUGCAUUGAUAAUAGAUAUAUAUGUUCUUUGUAUAUAUUUUAUAGUUCAUUCCAUUGGGAAAUUUCUUUCCCUUUUAUUAUCCUCUCACCACCACUUUUAUUUCUUGCUCCACCUCCCUUGCCUCAUCAUCUACAUUUUUUUUCCUUAAUGCUACCAGUGAUACUCAAAUGUUCAUGUAUCUGGUUCAUUUGAAUAUGAAGCAUGGCAAACUAGACUUUUAUUUUUAUUUUGCACACCUACUCCUGUCUCUUGAUUCAUACACAAUUCUGAGUCCUCAACUCUUGAUAUUGCUUUCUUAAGAAGCAAAAUUAUUGUGUGUGUGUGUGUGUGUGUGUGUGUGUGUGUGUUUUUAUGAGAGUCUGUGUCUGUCCCCUCCUGCUCUGAACUUAUAUUUGCCAUUUGUGCAAUGUAUACAUAAGCAGUAGCAACCUAAACUGUUCUUUCUUCUCUAGUGAGUUUGUUAAAGCUGCUAUAAAUAUAAAACCCUGUCAGAAGUUAUAACUCUUUCUAUGAGUGAUAAGUAUUCUCCUUCUGUUUCUAUGUGUUAUACAUGGAAAUUUUUGAAGCUUUUACAAAGAGUAAAUAUUUUAAAUGAUUGAAACUCUGUAGGGUGAGGCCUCUGAAAUUGGAUGGAGAAAAAGAAGGGGUUGAGGUUUUUUAAAAAAUAUUUUUUUUGCUAUUUUACUUGCUGCCUCUCAUACAUUAAUGUGAUUUCCAUAUAUAUAUUUUUAUAUAUAUAUGUGUGUGUAUAUAUAUAAACAUAUAUGUAUGUAUUUUGAAGCAUAGCUUCCUUUUCUUUUAUAUUUAUUAGAAUAGUGCUUUAAUAAUUAUAGAACUGUAUUGGCAACAUCUUUUAUAGAAAUAUAAUCAUGUUUAUUUUAAGAACUGACAAUUUGUUUUUGCUAUCUUUUAGUGCAAUAAGCAGUUUUAAAGGAAAGCUGUUUGACAUCUUUACCACAGAUAGUGGGAGAAGCAGGCACAUACAUGAUUUUAAAAGAGCAAAGUAAUACAGCCUUAAUUUCAGAAGGAAAGUUUUGUAAUUUUCAAGUCUAAAGCAUGUCUUUAAAAAUCAUAAUGAAAAUGAAGGAAAUUAAUAUCCUAAAUGAAUCUGACCUUAAAUAUUAAAAAUAAAAUUGAACUUUAAUUAAGAAAUGAUCAUGAAUAGAUUAGGAUUUAGAAGGUAUUUAAAUUCUUUGGAGAUAAAUCAUGUUUAUUGAAGAAUCAUACUGCUUAGGUGCCCAUUUUCAUUUAUUAAAAUGAAUCAGGAAAAUGUGAUACUUUUUUUAAAAUUUUGCUAUUUUAUCACGUGUAACUUUCCUUUUAAAAUUAGGGUUAUGGUAACAAAGGAAGUUAGGGCUUGGAUUAUUUUAAAUGAGUUAAAUCACUGAAAGUGGGGGAAAGUUUUGCAAAACUUUUGUUUUAUUGAUUUCACUUUAAGAUAUUAAAAAGUACCAUUAAGCUGUCAAAACCAAGUUCACCAGUAACAUUGGUUUCAGGGGAGCUUUGCACUUUGUAACACAUGAAAUCUGCAUUUUAAUUUUUUUUGCACUGGUUUAGAGUAUAAAUAUUACAGAUUGUUUUCAAUGGGCAUUGUUGUUAACCUUUCAAAAUUCCAUCUGUUUAUGAAAACGAAUGGAUUAGCUCUAUAGUUUCUCCCUUACCUGUAAUCUACUUUUAAUUGCCAAUUUACUGUAUUUUGAGCCUAAAAUCUGAGCCCAUGUCCUCCAAUAGCUAUGAAAUCUUUUGUCCCUCUACCAGAAAACUAAGAAAGUACUGUAUUUUGUAUGUUUAUUAUAUUGAAGUGUCUGAAAUGCAAUUUACAACACUGUUUCAAAGCUCUUUACACGAGGUAAUAUUUGUAUAGUAUAUACAUUUUUUCUCCCAACCCUCCCUGCUCUCCUCCAAAAAAUUCCUAUAAAGCAAGGUGUUUGGGGGUUUUUACAUUGAAAUUUUACUAAAUAUAGUAGUCAGGAACAUGGGCAAGAGAAGAAAAUAGUGUUUUCUAGAUGGUAAAAACUUGAUUGUUGUGUGCUUGCUCGGUAUGAGAAAACAUCUUCAUUUAUCAAUGGGAGUUACACAGAUUCAUGUGGGAAACUUUAGGGCCCAGGGAAGAACUGUGUUCUAUUCCUAUUUCCUGCUUUACCUAAUUUUCAGUUACUUAAUUUCACUUGCGCUAGAGUGAAGCCCAUAAUUUAAAUCUAUUUGGAAGGACUUUUACAAAGGGAAAAAAUUUUUUUUAAUAUAAACCUUUACCUUUGAAGUGAGUUCUUUUUUAGGGUUUCUUACAGUUUCAACAUUAAUAGUUUAAGGUUGGUUAACUUGAAAAAGUAUGUAUAGUAUAUUUUUACUUUGCUUACUAUGCUUACUAACAAAUUAGUAUGUCAAACUUAAUUACAAGAAACCUUGUACUUAAGAGUUUUAAGAUAGAAGACUAAGAGACAAAUAACUUUUUGAUUUUUGUUUUAAUUAUUGCAUUUCUGGUGUAGAAUUCCUGAUCUUUUUCAUUUUUUGAAGAAGGUUGUUCGAAUUUAAUGGCCAUGAAACUGAACAGUGACCUUUCUGUUCCUGCCCUUGCUCACUAACUAUAUGAUGAAUGCUGUUUUCUGUGAUGUAGGAGUGACUUCAAAAUGUCAGUGCCAGCAACUGGUAUAAUUGAUUUUCAUGUGAAGAAAAGUUGGGAGUUUAAUUAUACUCUGGAUAGCAAAUGAGUCUGUGUAAAUUGCUGUUACAUGUUAUUAUAUUACAGUAGCAAGUUACUGGCAUUGAGGACCAUACAUUUAUAAUACUGUAGCUGCUAUAUUUAUUUAAGUAGAGUCUGACAGUUACUGCACUAAACAAUAAGGAGAUGAGCAAGUUUCAAGGCUAGUGUUAGACCCCCUCCCCCACUCUCUUUUUUUUUUUUUCUAAAUAAGAUUAAGAACAUGAAAUAUCAUGAUAACAAAGGGUGCUGCCAUUUUAGUUUCAAUUUAAUAUCAGGACACUACUUUUUUAAUUUAUCUUUAUUUGUUGAAAGUAUUACAGAUGUCUCCUUUUUUCCCCAUUGAUCCCCUCUAGCCGAAACAUGGAUUUUUACUUUAGCAUUUUGAAAAAAGGGUACCUCAACCUCCUCAGUACUGGUUUUGGCAUAUUUUCACAGAAAUAAAGAUGCCCUUUAUUUUUUUCUUAAUACUUUACCUUUUAACAAAAGGUUUCUCAGAAAAAAAAAUUUUCUUCUAUGGAAAGCUUCCUAUUUGUAACCUAUUAAUUUAUUUAAGAGCGUCUAGAAGGGAUUCUAGUAGGAAUGUACUGGGUGUUCUGGAAGGCACAUGAUAAAGAUUCAUCUCUUCCUUCUAGCUUAGGGACUCCUGACCUUCUACUAGUAAAGUCCUAUACUAGUUUUCCAAACUAGGUUCUCUGAUGACCCACCACUGCCUAAUGUUUACUUUUAUAUUUAUCCUAAAAUGGAUUUUAGUAUGCUAGACAUCAUGACAGACCUAAGGUAUGUCUAGGGAAAUAAAAGCCGGGUUGUCAUUAAGUAGAAGUGACUGACAAAGGAUCUGGGUGUUUAAAGAAAAGGUGAACACUCAGAGUGGCAGUAAUAGAUCUGAAGUAAUUAGAUGGAUUAUAAGCUAGGAAUUAGAGACUGUCAUUCAAGGAAUGUGGUGAGUUUCACAUGCUGACAUGAAUUUACCAGGGGUGAUGAUUUUUAUGAAAGCAAUGAAGCCAGCCACUUGGAUUUAGCUAGAAUAUUUUGUAGUCUUGCUAUGUCAAACUUGAUAGUAAUGUUUUGCCAAGAAGUUUAACACAGCUCUGCAUAAUUUUUAUUCAGUAUCAUAAAACCGGAGUUAAAUAUUUGCUUAACUCAUCAUCUUAGAUGUUUCCCUAUUGAAUACUUUUUAAAGACAGUUUGCCUGAACAGUAACUUGCUACUUAAAUUACCUUUUAUGAGUUAUCAGUCAAGAUUCAUUGGCCCAGCAUCUUCAUUUUGGCUUUUUAUCCCUAUGAAGUUUUAAUCCUUUUCAUUCUUUUUGAGAAUUCAUGGUUGUUUUAAAGCUACAAUCAUAAUAGCUGGGAGACUAUAUCAGGUGAGGCCUUCCUAAGUGGCAGUCUAACCUUGACUCUAGACUCUGUCUUUAUUUUCCUGUUUCCCUCCCAUUUAAUCAUAUAAAGCACUUUUGUGAUUCUAUAGGAGUCAACAGAUAAGCCAAGAAAAAUUGGUAAAAUCAGUACUACAAAAUGUGAAAGUCAGAAUUUUCUCCAAAAAAAUCUUGUUGCUUAUACUAAGAAAAUUCUUGAUCAGUGGCACUGUUAGAAAUUAUACUGUGAUUAGUGAAACCUAAGCUGACUCCCAGGAAGAAUAACAUCUCCCCUCCUCCUCCUCUUUGUCAUAUAUCUAUAAAUACCACAAAGGAAAAAUAUUUUUACAUUUUCCUACUUUUAAAAACGGUACAUUUCAGUUUACAAGUUCCCAUGUCAGUUAAAAUAAUUUCUUUUUAACUAAGAUAUUAUUGUCAAGGCUUGUACUAAUAUCUACUACUAGUUGAAUUUUAUUUUUAUUUACCCAUCAAAGAUAGUACUCUAGAUUUUUACAUUGUUGAUUAAGCCUCAAGAAUCUUUUGCUCUUAAGGUAUGUAAGUUAAAGGUUCUAAUUGAAUUAAAGAUAGAUAAUAAAUAUAAUAUGGAUGAUUGAGAUUUACCAAUGAGAAACCUGUUGAAAUAUCAGAUAACAAACAGUGUGACAAAAUUAAAAUCCUAUCUAAUCAUAUACCCAGCCAUUGGUCUUUCUUCCUUUCUGUAAUCAAUGUCUGAAGUAUCCAAAAUUUAAUGUUGUAUCUAGGGUAAAACAAAGGUAUUCUUUGGGGUGAACACUGUAUUAAAUUUUUUAAUCAUUUUUUUUUAAAGCAAGGCGGUUCUUAGAAAGUGCCUUUUCAGAAGAUGGUGCUAUAGAUUUUUAUUUUUCAACUAGCAUGAGGCUAAAACUUUUAAAAAUAAAUAUUUUAGAACUCCAAGAGUGUGACAAUUUCAUAUAAAUGUUAUAUGUUGUCCUGAAUCUGGUCCAAGGGAAUGAAGUAAAACGUUUAUUCAGUAAAGUAUCUAGGUAAAUGCUCACCAAAUAUAUUUUGUAAGUUUGAAAAUAAACUUUAAAUGCUUUUAUUUCUCAGCUGUGUUGAAGGUAAUCUGUAAGGCACAUAAAACAGCAAAUCUGCUUAACUUUUUAACAAGAAUAUGGGUGAAGUAGCAAGUGCCCAAAGGGAAAGGAAUUACAUGUCAUAGGCUAUCUUUUCUUUUUCCCCCCAGCAUAGACUGACCCUUUUGUAAAUAUCUAUUGGCCACCAUUUCUAAAUAUUUUUUAUUAAAGAAGACUGCUUAUAAAGGGACAGCCAAGUCAUGGAAAUCAUUAUAAGAGAAAAAGUAAAAUGAUCAUGUCUCUAUAUUUAGGGAAGUUUUCUGUUUUAGGAAUCAAGAUUAAGUUACUCUCUUUUUUCUAGCAUGGGGGAACUAAGAAAAAUGAUGGCAGUCCAUCUAAAAGGGUAUGAUCAGUUCAUUAGAUACAGAACGUGCAAAAUUGGGCUUUGGGGGAAAUAAGUAAAAGGAAGGAUAAUAGCGGGACCAUUCACACUUAUUAGAAAUUUGGUAAUCUACCAGAAAGCAAUUUUCCCCCAGACUAGGAACAGUAAACAGCAGUAAAUGAUCCCUAACCAGUUCUUGCUCAUGAAUUUGGUGAGCAUUUCUCCAAAAAGGAGUAGACUGAAAACAAAAAAAACUACACCUCAGUAACCUUCAAUGCUGCAUUAUGUAAUAAUGAUAGUAAAAUUAUAUUGUUUGUUUGGAGUGUUCUGUCUGUUUGCAAAUAUGCAUGCACAUUAAACUUCAUUUUUAUAAUGUCUUAAUAGCAAUUAUGAGUUUAUUUUUUUAAUAUUAAUUAUUCUAAUGUUUAUAUUUAUUGGCAAUUUGUGUGCAACUUUCAUAUUUUGCUUAGAUGUUAAGGUAUUUUAUUUUUAUAAAUAUGUCUAGCUUUUCUUCUUCCUUUGUAAUAUUAUUAGCAAAGAUUAAGAUGGAAUGUUAAUAUACCAACCAAACUACUAAUUCUAUAAAGUCUAGAAUUUGGAUUUUUACCAAUAAACCAUUAACACUA